GAGAGAGAAUGUGUGUGUGAGAGAGAGAGUGACAGAGAGUGCGAGAGAGAGAGAGAGACAGAGAGAGAUAGAGUGUGUGUCAGAGAGAGAUGGAGAGAGAGAGAGAGAGAAUGCGUGUGUGUCAGAGAGAGAGAGAGUGAGAGAGAGGGACAGAGAGAGUGUGUGUCAGAGAGAUAGAGAGAGAGAGAGAGAGAGAGAGAGAGAGUGUGUGUCAGAGAAAUAGAGAGAGAGAGCGAGAGAGAGAGAGAGGGAGUGUCAGAGAGAGAUAGAAAGAGAUAGGGAGAGAGAGAGAGAGAGAGAGAGAAAGAUAGAGAGAGAUAGAGAGAGGAAGAUAGAGAGAGCGAGAGAGAGAGAGAGAGAGAGAGAAAGAAAGCGUCCAACGCAACAGUUUAUUAGCCUGAACGCACGCGGAAAUAGCUUUUCCCUAAACAAAAUAAAAAGAUCAUUUUACACAAGCGAGACAAAUGCAAUGAACGAGGACAUGUGGAGGACAUGUGGAGGACAUGUGGAGGACAUGUGGACAUGAGGACCAAUUGAUGCCUUAAAACGAAACUCCGGAGUUUAUUACGAAUUUAUUUUAGAUGAUUGUGAGUUUUUACUCAGCGGGAAGGGACAGAGCUCGAGCGCUGUGAACGCCAAGCACAGUCUGAACCGAUGGACCGAACCUUUAACAGCAGAUGGUGUGAAGCCUGCUGACUAAAGACUUCUUCAGGAUGAGAUGUCAUAUGAAAAAGGUUGUACAGACACUCGUUGGUCUGCUCAUCUUUACCUGCUUUUAUAUCUCCAUGAGGAGAACACAAGAGGCAGAACAAGAAAUAGAACCCGUGGAUGCGGCCUGGAUUAUAGGAAACUACAGCAGUGAAAAAUGCUCUCAGGAGCCUCAGCAAAACAUCAUGUGUCUCAGAUCUUCGGUUCGAGUGUUAGCAGGAGAUAUUCAGCCUCAGCAAAGGUAUCUCACCAUAGGUCUCUCAUCUGUGAAGAGAACGAAAGAGAAUUAUCUCUUACAAACCCUUCAUUCCAUCUUCAAUCAGUCGUCAGAGGAAGAGCUUUCUGAGAUGGUGGUGGUGGUUCUUCUGGCUGAUUUUAACCUGAAAUGGGUUAAUGAAAUGCUCACCAGCAUUAAUAAGCUUUUUCCUAAAAGACUGAUCCAGGGUCAGCUUCUGGUAAUCCAUGCUGAUGAGGAAAACUACCCUCCUCUGACAGGUCUGAAAAGGAAUUUUAAUGAUGCUCCAGAUCGCGUGACCUUUCGUUCAAAGCAGAAUGUAGACUACGCCUUCCUGGUGGACUUCAGUGCCAGGCUUUCAAAGUAUUACCUCAUGCUGGAGGAUGACGUGAGUUGCUCUAAAGGAUUUCUGUCCUCUAUUCGGGGUCACAUUUAUUCAAAAGGAUCUUCUCCAUGGGUGACUCUUGAGUUCUCUAAGCUGGGAUACAUUGGGAAACUGUAUCACUCCAAAGAUCUCUCUCGUCUGGCUCACUUUCUGUUUUUGUUUUACCAAGAAAUGCCUUGUGACUUUCUCCUAUCGCACUUCCGCACUUUGCUAAUGCAGGACAAGGUCAUCCGCUUUCGCCCAUCCCUCUUCCAGCACAUGGGAACGUAUUCAUCUUUUCGUGCAACGUACAAUCGACUCAAAGAUGAUGACUUCCAUGAUAAUCCUGCUGAUAACCCUCCAGCCUUUGUUUACACUGACAUCAAAGCUUUUAAAGACCACACACCAGACAAAGCCUACAGUCAAGGAGCGAACUAUUUCUGGGGCAUGGCCCCUAUAAACAUAGGGCAGGUCUUUCUGGUGACUUUCGAGAAUCCUGUCAUCCUCUCACGUAUUGUGAUUCAGACAGGGAAGGAUGGGAACGACGUUCUUCAGUCUGCUGUCGUGGAGCUCUGUAAAACUUUUCCGGUAACAACCAGUGGAGCCCAGUGCACAGAAAAUCACAAUUUAGGCGCGCUGAAGGACGGACAAUUUGACCUUCAAAAUGUUCACCAGGUGGUGAACAGAUCAGUAUCAUAUUUAAAUAUCAGAGUAACUGCAAGUCAGAGUAAUUGGGUGAUUAUAAGAAAUAUCCAGGUCUGGUUAAAAAAGUGAAGCUGGAAGACGUUUUCCGUUAUGAAACAGUUGAGGACGGAUCUUACAGUACGUUCAAGAACGCUGUUUUAUUUGCUUGGUUAUGGGAAAAGUUGCUGUUUGAAAAGCGGAUCAGUGAGCAUCGACAAUCUGGGAGACCAAAGAAAUGUUAAAAAUUUGCCUCAUUCCAUGAAUUUGGAAACAGACGUGAGUUAAAUCAGGACCAAAUAUGUGCUGUAGCAUCUAAUGAAAGUAAAUUUACAAUUUGAUACUGUAUCACAGAAUUUUACUAAUAAGCUAUAUUUAAGGGCCUUUUUACACCCGGUCACUUCGUGUUGUCUCUGAUCCGAAAGCUAUCUGAUUUGUUAAAACUGUUCCGUUUACAUUAGGCCACAUAAAUGCGUCUUGGUGAAUCGGAUAUCGAUCAGAUCUUUCUACUCCCGCCCAAAAUGCAAAUAUAUUUUACCUCAUGUCCGGGGUAAUUGAAAUGGAACACGCUUUGGUGUGUGCGGUUUUCAGAACGCAAUCAAAAAGAAGAUGAAAAAACUUGUUAUGACGGUUAUGCUACAAAAAAACAGGAUUUACAUUUAUUUGUUUCUGGCGCGAUGACUAAAUGCUCGAAAACGUUUCGGAGGGCAUUUAGACCUGGUCUUUUUACCAUCGGAUAGCUAUCGGAUCACAGAAAACGCAUGAAGUGACCAGGUGUAAAAAGCCCCAAAAAGUAUGGUUACAUAGCAUAGUAUUUAUAAGGUGUUGUGGAGGGAAGUUAGGUUAAAAUGAGCCAAAACUCUUACUGUAUCAGCCCACAUAUUUAGUGACAGGAAAAGAAGCUGUAUCAUGUAUGUAUUAGAGCGUGUGUAGAGCGUUUCGCUGAGGUAAACGAUAGCAAUGCAAAUGGCGCUGUUUUUAUAUGCAAAGCAUUCAAAAUCAACAGGAGCAGGCAAACACAGAACAAUGAGCAGGAUUUGAUCGACUAAAUAUGAGAAGGAUUUUUGUUUCCUCGACUCCGAGGCUUAUUAUUAUUAGGUUACUGUAAAAAUGUGGUUUCGGUGCUUUCUUAGUGAAAAGGGAGAGGAAUAUGUGUUUUAAUAAUUCAGCCUGUGUUUGGUGAAAUCUGAGGAAGGCACAAUGAACUCAGCAUGGGUUAUUGCACAGCAGGAAGAGGGGUAUAUAUAUAUAAAUAAAAUGUCUGCGCCACAUCCUUAAGUAACUAGCAAUCAGUACAACAAGUACAGCUUAUCUCUUUGCAAAAGACAAAGCAAAGCAAAAUUCUUGGAUUAAGCUUUAUCAGGAUCCGCUUUUAGUUGUUUUUUAUUUUUUUUUUUUUUAUAUUUAGCAUGAAGGAACUUCUAGCAACUUAACAACAUGUUGAUGUUCUGUCAUUAACUCAAGCUGCUAGUCGCAUAUAAAUAGACUUUAUAUCCUCACCCCUGUUUUGAUGGCAUGAUGUUUGAACUUGAACUUACCGUCAGCCGACCGCUCUAGGAACAGAAAUGCUAUUUUAUGCACUUAUGGAUAGUUUUCUAUGCAAAACAAAGGGUUUAAUUUUAAGUUUAAGUUUUAGGAAGGAACCGGCGAUAUUAGGGAAUUAAACACCAAUGCGGCUAACAACAAAGGACGGGAAUGUUGAACACUGCUAAGGUUAGAAAGGUUGGGUUAUUCCAGGAGAAGACAAUCGAAGAGGAUACAGUUAUCUAUUAAUGUUCAAGCAUCGUUCUCAACUCCCAUACUGAAAAAGUGUCAGAGACACUGGCAGGAAGGAGAGCUUGUGUUUCUUGUAACUUUGACAAGAAGAAUGUGGAAAAAGCAGGAGACAGCGUUGUCCUCUCAGGGUUCAGUGGGGUUUAUAACACCGUCUUUAUCCUAUGCCUUAACCUACUGGACAAUCUCUAAAUAGGUCUCUUACAUUUAUAAAAUAACUCUGGGGAUUUCUGUGGUUCUAAUAAACACUGUGCUAUAUUUAAUUUA